GUGGAGGGAGAGUCGGUUGUGUUUGAGCAUUGGGUAACUGCAGCAGCAGCAGCAGCAGCAGCAGAGAAGCUCUGUGUUUCACCGCGGAGAGGUCGGUUCAAAGGAUUUAGGAGCAGAGCUACAGGAAAACAAGCAGACUCAGUGUGUUCUCAGCUGGAGGAUAAUCAAAGAGUCUGCGCCUGGUUGCUGCUGGGCCUGAAGAUACACGCUUUGCACAUUUAUUUCAUUAUUUAUUUAUUUAUUUUUUGCAUACAAUAAACAGUGAGCACAAGCAAGUCUCUGCUUGGACCCAGGUCUGUAGGUUAAUCAUGGGAUCAGUCAAGCCCUUCCUACUCCUCCUGCUGCCCCUGAUGUUUUUCAACCGACUAUCACAGCUGUGGGCCUUUCCAUUCAGCCCAUCCUUGGACCUGGAUGUCACUGCGAGAACUACCGUCUUCUCAAAAGGUCUGCUGGGCAGCACCCGUUUCAUCGGCUCUUCCCGAAACUACAGCACCCUGCUGUUGGAGGAGGAGGCCAGGCUGCUGUAUGUGGGAGGCAGAGGAGCACUCUACGCUCUCAACACAUCCAGCAUCUCCACACCUGCAAACUUCACAAUUGAUUGGGAUGCUUCCCCUGAACAGAAGAAGCAGUGCCUAAACAAAGGCAGAGACAAUCAGACAGAGUGUUACAACCACAUCCGCUUUCUGCAGCGAUACAAUGAGACUCACCUGUACGUCUGUGGAACGAACGCCUUCAGACCGCUCUGUGCUUAUAUCGAUGCAGAGCGUUUCAGCUUCUCCUCAGGUUUUGAGGAAGGCAGAGACAGGUGUCCGUAUGACCCAGCAAAGGGAUUCACCGGCCUCAUCGUAGAUGGUGAGAUGUUCACAGCCUCUCAGUACGAGUUUCGCAGCUCUCCAGAUAUUCGCAGAAACUUUCCAUUCCCCACACUCAGGACAGAGGAGGCGCCCACCCGGUGGCUUCUGGAGGCAAAUUUCGUGGGCUCUGUGCUGCUGAAGGAGAGCAUCAACAGCUCUAUCGGUGAUGAUGACAAGAUUUACUUCUUCUUCACUGAGAGAAGCCAGGAGCAGAUUGCCUACCCGAGCCAGACCAAGGUGUCCAGGGUCGCCAGAGUAUGCAAGACUGACUGGGGAGGCCAGAGGACUUUGCAGAGGAAGUGGACCUCGUUCCUCAAGGCUAGAAUGGUGUGCUCAGUCCCAGAGUAUGAGCUGCACCUCAAUAUCCUGCGUGACGUGUUCGUCCUGCAGGAGCGAGACGCUCGCAGCAGCAUUUUUUAUGGUAUCUUUGGUCUGGAAUGGAAGAAUAUCAAAGCGUCUGCUAUCUGCCAGUACGCCUUCUCAGAUGUGCAGAAAGUUUUCGAAGGGCCGUACAUGGAGGUGCAAGACUCAAAAUGGAGGGAGUACACAGGAAAAGUCCCAGAUCCAAGACCCGGCUCUUGUAUAACAGAUCUGCACAGGUCCCAGAACAUCAAUUCGUCUCGAGAUCUCCCAGACAAUGUCCUCACCUUCGCCAGAAGGCACCCGCUGAUGGCCAAACAGGUGCACCCAAUAGGUGUGCGCCCCCUCAUGUUCAAAAGAAGUGUCAACUAUGUCAAGAUAGCAGUGCACAAAGAGCCGGCACUGGAUGGAAAUAUUUACACUGUUCUGUUUUUGGGAACUGAUGACGGCUGGCUGCAUAGAGCUGUGGACAUCGAUGGAGAAAUGCAUAUCAUAGAAGAGCUGCAGCUGUUUGAUGAACCACAGCCCAUAGAGAGCCUGGUCAUCUCCUCAGCUCUGAGGAGUGUCUAUGUUGGGUCGCACUCUGGAGUCGUGCAGGUACCGAUGUCAGCCUGCAAGAGGUACACUUCCUGUUAUGACUGUGUGUUCGCCAGAGACCCCUUCUGCGGCUGGGAUGGGAAAGUGUGUGUGGAAAUAUCUUCACGUGCACAAAAGUCGAACCUAACCCAGGAUAUCUUGAGAGGGGUCAGGGGCUGCAAGGAGAAUUCAGGAAAUGUGGUCCAUCGGAGGCGUUCUGUGAUGUCGGGUGACGACGUGCUACUCCAGUGUGAACUACGCUCCAACCUGGCAACUCCACGCUGGACACUAAACGGCAGGGAGCUCCAGGGAUACGACCUCAAUUCGGGCUAUCGGAUCGGCACAGAUGGCCUCCUGAUAAUCGGAGCUCGCACCCAGCAGAGCGGCAUUUACCGCUGCUUUGCUCUCGAGAACUCAGUCUCAGUUCUGGUCUAUCUCUACACAGUAAGGGUUCACACAGAGCCGUACUUCCCUGUGGAACCCACAGCCACUACUAACCCCACUACAAUUUCCAGCCCGACUGUUUUCUCUACCGGCAGCCCCACUGAGCAGCCCUUGCCCUCGCCUCCUGCCCCACUUCCUUCAAGACCUGAGUUUCAGACCUACAGACACAUGGAGGCCGUGUACAUCUCUCUGGUGGCGGUUCUCGGUGGGCUUUGCUUGGUGUUGACUGUGGUCCUUCUUUAUGUAAGCUUCUGCACUAGACGAGCCUCUCAGGAUCGGAAGUUCUCCCAGCAAGGUCUCCAAGUCCUAGGUGCCUCUGAGAGAAAAAGGAGCUCCCACCUUGAACUUAAAACCAUCUCAAGCCACUGCAAUGGCCGUCAGGGUCGUCGGUCCAUCUCAGUGCCGAGCUUUGGGGACCUAGGUGAUGGCUUCCUCCAGAUAGUGCCAGGUGAAGGCCAGAUGUCUCCAGCUAAAACACCUCCUCCGGCUCCUCCUCUUCCCAUGCCACCCCCGCUUCCCAACAUGGACUAUGCCAACGGGCUCUCGGCCACUCUGCCCAGCGUGCUGAGGAAGAUGAACGGAAACAGCUACGUGCUGCUGAGGCAGGCCGACCCUGACGGUAUGUCCCCGCUCUACCAUUCCUUCACAGAGGAGCUCAACAGGAUCCUGGAGAAAAGGAAACACACACAACUGGACUUGCAACCCGAUGAGAGUUCCAUCUAGGACACCCCUCUUAUGCUUCAUCCCACUGUUAUUUAUUUUUACCCUAGAGGUGAUCCGUACUUGUGGGGAAAAAUGACUAUUUUAUGAAGUGCUGCUCUUAAUUGCACAGAGUACCUGCAGGUCAUGUCAUAACUUGGUCAGAAAUAUUCAGCCUGUUGUGUCUUCGGUGACAAAUGGCCCAGGAUUUCACUAAUCAGAGACUGCUAAAAUGUGGAGCUGUGAAAAAUUGCUACAACCAAGGAGCUUAAAGAUGAUACCUAAAGUGCAGACUCUCUGGAAGUUUCUGAAAGAUGGCAGUCAGAUGACAAAAAAGCCAAUGUUACAAAAUAGGACAUGGAUACAAAAACUAAAUUAGGCCAGGAGGUGAUCAAGCAUUUCCGAGACUGUGGAGAGAUUCAAGAAGUUUUAUAACCAUGUAAUAUUAGGUAUCUGUGGAGCUUAAAGUCAUAGUUCAUCCAAACAUGCUAAGCAUUAGGCUAUUUUGUAUAAAUAAAUUAAAAACAUGGCCUAAGAACAGUAGCACCUAAUGUGCUUACAGCUUUACCACCCAGUCCUGUGUAUGAAGAUGCACCUUUUUGUUGCUUGUGACUGUGUUUGUGGACUGGUAUCAUCACAAACUGCACAGUGAGCCUUUCUAUGAGGCAGAUGGUAAAAGAAGCUUUUUCAAGUGGCUUUUUUGAGAAGUCCUAAAAACAUAUUGAUGAGGAAGAUUACAAAACGGCAAAUGAAACAAUCCAUGCUCUUAGGAUGAACAAGGUCAUCACGGCUUAAGUAAGGAGGCAUCCAUGCCCCCUCUCGUCUUUUUUUAAUUUUUAUAAAUGCACUAACCUACCAAACUAAAGACUAAUAAAAGACCUAUGUGGUGUGAAGGUAAAGUUCUGUGUAUGCCCAGCAAAAUAAAAAGCUACAAGAGAUUUAAAUUUGACCAAUCUCUCCUUCAAGAAUAUCGCUUUAGGAAGCAUUACGGCACUUUGAAUGUGGCUGUUACUUUUAGGUUGCUGCUUGGAAGUCCCAUUAAACCCUCUUGCAGCUCUGGUUCUGUGAUGUGUGUUGUCGAAACUGGAACCGAUCAUCUUGGAUUUUUUUAGGAGAAGAGGAUAAUGUCAGAGGCAAUCAAAUCUGGCAUGUGUGGCAGGUGUUUAGCACGGAUUUUGUUGCUGUGGCUAAAAAAAAAGAUUUUCUAUAGCCUGUUUAGAUGGUUCAUACCAGAUGUCAUCUCUCACAUGCUUCAGGAGGUUAAAGUAAAUAUCAGUGUUGGAAAACGCUCCCUGAGAAAUGACUAAACAUUGAAAAACCCCACAAAUGUCUCGUGGCAGCACCACCUUUGUGCUUGGACACUGUGGACUCUUCCAGCGAAAGCUACUCUUUGGAUUCUGGAUGUAACCAAAGACCAAGUUUGCAUCAACAGUAAUCAGCUGGAUCACACAGCAGCUGAUGUUUGCUGCUCUGUGAAAUUCUAGAUACAAAAGUGCAAGCGUUCAUAACGGGACUUUUGGAGGAGCGUGCUAAAAAUAGCUACCCUGGAAGUGAUCCAGAUGUGCACAACAAGAUGACCUUGAAGGGGAGAUUAGCCUAAUUAAAUCAGGUAUAAAUUUAGAUUUAUAUUGAUUGAGAUGAGCAGCAAGCCUUGUAUAUUUUUAAACUGCCUUGAAUGGAGGUAGAGUAUUAAUCCAUAUUUUCACAAAAUUAAUUGUUUGUGUGAAAUAUUGAGCAUAUGGAAAAAUGAGUGAAAGCUGAGCACACAAAGCUCCAGGAAUGGGUUUUGAGUGGCUUGUCAUGUUUCAAACCACUUUUUCUAUGAUGCAUGUCCUUUGCAGAGAUGUAACGAAUGAUUAUUUUCCUAUGAUUUCUCACUUUAGGAUCUGAAAGCUGUGAAUGUUUGGCAUUUUUGCUCGAUAAACAACAUUUAUCUUCUCUGUUAAGCCAUCGGCCACAAUCAUUGUAAUAACUAAAAUGUUGACUUUAGUAAAAGUAUCACUUUAAGAAUCCAGUUUUGAUACAGCACACUAGAUCACAGAUUUUAAGACAAGUCUUACAUUUUAGUGUAUUUAUUUAAGCCACUUUCCCCCCUUGAUUUUUCCUCAUGUAAAUAGCAAUAAAUAUACACCACUGUUGCAACCGUUAGUAGCAUAGUGUGCUGUGCCAGUGCCAAUGGAAAAACCUGUAGCAAACUUGGAACUAUUUUUUUCCCUGUAGUAUUUCUAUUUUUAGCCUCUCUGUGGGAAAAGAGAUAAAACUUUAUGAAAGUAAACAUGCAGACUAUUAAAGGAGCAGUCAGCGUGGUGGUCAGAUUGAUUGGUUUUUGCUGUAGAUCACAGACUGGCUUCAGGGUUGUGGAGGCGAACCAGGAACCACAAACUGAUGAAAUCCUAUAAAGAAAAUUUUUAGAUGCUGUUUUAUAUUUAUAUUUAAGGCCUGUUUUCUGAAUAACAUUGACUGUUUUACUUUCUCUCAAAACAUCAAGAACAUGGUUUCAUACAAAAACAGGUGAAAAAAACAAACAGAAAUCACUUGGAUUUCUACAGCAAAAAUUAAAAAAAGUUCUAGUCAUCUAUCUCUUAAAACAACGCUGAGAGCCAGGCUCACAUUUGUCCUCUGCUUUGCUAAAGCUGCACGUGGCAAGUUGCCAAACCCAAGUGGAGAAGACCUUCACACAUGCAGCCCACAAAAGCAUCCUCAGUGUUUACCUGACAUUAGUGCAAUGCCAAAACAACAAGAACUGCAGCCUUCACUGUAUUUCCUCAACAAGGUGAACAACGCUAUGAUUAAAUGCUACGUGUAUAUCUUACGGGGAAGUGACUGAAAUGAAUCUCUGAGCUUUUUGUAAACGUGUCACGGCCAGUGGUAAAUAAAGAUCCGUCUUUGCUGCAAAGUGUUGAAUCAGCUCUCGUAGCUUCAGCACAAGCAGCGGCCCUCUCUGGUGACUCUCAUUGUUUAUCUGUCAGACAGCGAGAGCCAUGUUUGGCUCACCUCCACGAGGGGAGGACAGCAGCUUCUUGUCUGUUUGCAUGCCUCGCUGUCAUCUCUGCAGGUACAUCCAGCCACAAAACAUUUGACCUGCGUGUCCUGGUUAGUCAUGCAGGAAACAGAUGGCGAUACUAGUAGACAGGAGAUGUUUUGCACUUGCAGGUCUUCUCGUGUGUCUUGUACUUUGGCAUCAUGGAUUUUUCAUUCUUUUUUUUUUUGCUGAGGAUAAUAUAGUCCAGGCAGUCCACUCUAUGCAAAUAGAGGUAGAAGAAAUUCUCUGUGACUAAAGAACCACAUUAAUUCAAUCAAAUCAAAGCACUUAACUGAUUGCAUGCUUGCAUAUUAAGCUGGUCUUUUAAAACUAUGCACUACAGAUUUUUUGGCAAUCCAUGUGCACCCAGCCACAUCAUGAUUAUUGCUUAAGAGAAACUCUGCAAAAGUGCGCAUGUUAUAUUCCCCAGGAAGUCUGUGGCAUCUGGGGAAGCGACAGAAGAAGUCUCUGGGUGAUUCAGGAACAAAACAACAUUUUUUUUUAAAUUAAGUAAAGUCAGAACCAUGGCCAAGCUGCUAUCGCCACAUAAAAGUAAAAAGAAUGCGACAAAAUUUAGUAGCCUGUAACUAAAAGGGAAAUUAAUUAAAUAGCUGGCAAACUGCACGCACAAAUCUCCAUGAGCUCAUACACUGCAAACAGAAAUACACUAAAAGACUGAGGUUCUCCUCUCCCCCUGCCUCCGCUUAAAUACUCCCAGGCUUAAUUGCUGAGUGGAUUCAGCUGCAAAGGGCGGUGCAUACGAUUGGAGAGAGCGUAAAACACACAGACAGACACACAGACAGGCAAAAGCUUCAGUGUGCUUUUAUUACAGUACAUAGCAUCAUUAUGUGACAGCACAAAUAAGCUGUUCUAAAUGGGCAUAUUUGCAUUUAGUAUCGGAUCAGUACCACUAUCAUCCAAACCUUGAUCUGACUGUUUUUUUGUACUUUAGUGUCAGCGUUAAAGGCUUUUCAGUUUGUUUUUGCCAGAAGCCACAAGUCCAUUUUUACUGUAUCCUAGUAAAAUAAUAAUCUUGUUACACCCUGUAUCCAUAAGCAAUGCAGUGGACAAAUUUAAAGGUUACAAUGACCUGCUUUUAUAUAUUUUAAAUGCCAUAUAUAUGCUUUGAACCUACAGUAUGUGGUAAAAACCUGAACUUAAAGUUCUUACUUCAUACUUUCUCCCAAACUUUGCCACUUCAUCUUCUGUUUUCUCCCAUUUCUGAUCAGCCCUUUAUAAAAAAGCAAAAAAAAAAAACACUCCACAUGUUUUGAUCAUAAUCUUCUGUCCUCAACUCUUUCCAUCUCUGCUGCCUCUUUUAUUACCACUGCUCAUCACUUCUACAUGGCAGCAUCAUCUGUAACCCUCACCGCUCACAUUCACAUUCGCUUCUCAAGGACCCGGCUGAAUUUCCAAAUGGUCACAGUGGCCUCUAAUCAAUUAAAGCCGGCUUUUAAAAGAGCCCUCGAGUUUGUGUUUUUGAACAUGUGGGAAUUCAAGUAACAAUUGGAUUUUCUGUAGCAGUUUAAGACGCUGUUAUGUUAUGAAGCUCUCAAUCCGACAGCUUAAGCAUUCAAAGGGAUGUUUUAUGUUUCUCUUGUUAGCUUGUAUAGUUUCAAAUAAUGACAAGCUCAAGCUUCAGACUGCUAUUUACAUUUACUUUCUGACAGUUUCCGACUCUUAGAUCUAUAUGAUGUCAGAUAGGGCUGAUAACCCUAAUAUGGCAUCUCAUGUACAGAAGCUCCACCCACCUGCUGCUAGUCAAUCAAUCAGAGGGCAGCUGGCUUAAAGAGAGAGGCUAAAACAACUUGUUUCCAGACAAGACAAGACAGGCCCAGCAUAAGACAAGUAGGAUAAUUUUAGACUCUGGUUUAUGCAAAGGUACUGGAAGUUGCAUAAUAGGCCCACGGUAUAUAUUUAAAUCAAAAUUGUACAGUGUAAAAUGUUUUUGUUUUAUUUUUUUGCUGGUUAACAUUUAAUUUCAAUAAAAUGUGUAAAAUAAUUGCAGCUUCUACUGUGUUCAACAUGUUUGUGUUAUAUAGAAUUUUUUCUUGUAAAUGUCUGGGUAUUACUGAACAUAGUGGAAGUUUCACCUGAAUCUAAAGUCAUUACUGCUGCUAUUUCACUGUCAUUCAAGGGCAAUUCGUUUACAAUAAACACUCUAUUUUGUA